GGCAUUUAUUUUAGGGGGAAAAAAAACAUUCCAGGUGAUUUCCUCGCUCCUUUACUGGGUGAAUUAAAACUCAUCUCACGUUCGUCACUUUUUAAAUGCCUUGCGCGUAAAGAAUCCGAGAGCUCUCCAAGUGCUGAACCGAAAGAAGGAAAAGAAAGAAAGAAGAAAAAAAUAGGCGUUCCUCUCUCGUUCCUUGACAGCCCAUCUCACCUGAAAACGGUUUCACUUCAGUCAGAGCAGCAAGCCUGCAGCAGACCGAGGCUUGUUACAUCUCAGCCUACAUCCAAGUCGACGCGUGUUGGAGUUAACAUCAUUUAAACGAUUUGUUGUCUGUUUGUUUGCUUCCCCCCUCACCGCGGGGAGCACUGAUGUUUCUCCACACCUUCGAUUCGAGCAGCGCGAUCUCGUGAAUCGGAGUUUUGUUCUUUUUUGUUGUUGUUGUUAUUUAUUUAUUUAUUUAUUUUUCGGGGGUGAAACUGAACUAUGAUCUCUGAGGAAUGUCUCCCGCGUUUCUGCGUGACCCGAGACAGCCCGAACGCCAACGACUUGGUCAGGAGGAGGACGCCGCUGUCCCCGUCUGGAUUAUGUGUUUGACUGAUGUAAACCAUAUGGAAGAAAUAGAAUAGAAAAAGUGAAGCACAUGGGGAAACCACCGGGAAUGAAACGCUCCUUCGUUAAGGUUUUAGCCGCUUUGUUCACGUUCUUCAUGGAGAUGAACGACCUCAGAGUUGUGGACGCCAAGGAAUACGAUUCCAGGUCCUCCUCCAACAUGUCUCCAUCAGACUUUCUGGACUCGCUCAUGGGUCGCACGUCCGGAUACGAUGCGCGAAUUAGACCCAAUUUCAAAGGUCCUCCUGUAAACGUUACAUGCAAUAUUUUUAUCAACAGCUUCGGCUCUGUCACAGAGACGACCAUGGUGAGUGCUUCUGGAUUUUAUAUUGAUAUCUUCCCUGUCCAAUUUGUCAAUGUGUUAUUUAUCCCUCAACCUGCAGGUCCACCAGUUAAUGUUACCUGCAACAUAUUUAUCAACAGCUUUGGUUCUAUAGCAGAAACUACAAUGGAUUACAGAGUGAACAUCUUCCUGCGGCAGAAGUGGAAUGACCCACGGCUGGCGUACAGUAAAUACCCAGACUCCUCGCUCGACCUGGACCCGUCCAUGCUGGACUCCAUAUGGAAGCCGGAUCUUUUCUUUGCCAACGAGAAAGGGGCCAACUUCCACGACGUCACCACGGACAACAAGCUGCUGCGCAUCUUUAAGGAUGGCACUGUGCUAUACAGCAUCAGGUUGACGCUCAUUCUGUCCUGUCCAAUGGAUCUGAAGAAUUUCCCCAUGGAUGUUCAAACUUGUACGAUGCAGCUGGAAAGUUUCGGCUACACCAUGAACGACUUGGUUUUCGAGUGGCUGGAGAACGGCGCCGUGCAGGUCUCGGAGGGACUCACCCUGCCGCAGUUCAUCAUGAGGGAGGAGAAGGAGCUGGGCUACUGCACCAAACAUUACAACACUGGCAAGUUCACCUGCAUCGAAGUCAAGUUCCACCUGGAGCGGCAGAUGGGCUACUACCUGAUCCAGAUGUACAUCCCGUCUCUCCUCAUCGUCAUCCUCUCCUGGGUGUCGUUUUGGAUAAAUAUGGACGCUGCUCCCGCGAGAGUGGCGCUGGGCAUCACCACUGUGCUUACGAUGACCACUCAAAGCUCUGGCUCUAGAGCUUCUCUUCCAAAGGUCUCGUACGUGAAAGCCAUUGAUAUCUGGAUGGCUGUGUGUCUGCUCUUUGUAUUUGCUGCAUUGCUAGAAUAUGCUGGGGUUAAUUUUGUCUCCAGGCAACAGAAAGAGUUCCUCCGCCUGAGGCGAAGACAAAGAAGGAAUCACAAGGAGGAGGAAGGCCGCUUUAAUUUGGCUGGGUACAACAUGAGUCAGUGCAUGCCCACAAAGGACGGCUCGGCUGUUAAGAAUGCGGUUCCUGCUCCGAACCCCCAGCGCUCAACUCCGAAAGACAUAGACGCUAUGAGGAAAAAGUUUGUGGACCGAGCCAAGAGGAUAGACACGAUCUCCAGGGCGGCCUUCCCUCUGGCCUUUUUGAUCUUCAACGUCUUCUACUGGAUCACAUACAAGAUCAUCCGACAUGAAGAUGUCCACAAACAGUAAUGGAUGGUCCCUCGGCUGACGCCGUUGUCUCUUCCCUUUUCUCAGACUGAGAAACGCCAGGGGAAACCGAGAGGCACCGCGGCGACAACGGCGUUGUUUUCUUCAGGGAUAAUGUACAAUGUUCACGCAUUACAAAGAUAAAAUGCUCACGUUUCUGAUAACGUGAAGGUUCUUGAAUCACGGACACUUUGUUUGUUUGUCGCCCCGCUGCAUAGUAUCUGAUAAAGACUAAGCGAGUCGCCGGACAAAACGGACCAAACCCCCCCCCCCCCCCAUGAAUCAACCUGCUCUGAAAUCUCUACAACCAAGGAAACAUUCCACGGAUUUGUGACCGUAGCUAUAGCUUAGAUCCUCAAAGACUGUUUUUGAUGCAAAGUUUCUUAUCGGGGACGUUCCAACUGUUUUAUAGUGUACUGUUGUUUCGGCACUUCUUCGUCUCUGUUCAAAACGAGUCCUCAGCAAGCGGAGCAUGUAUACAUGUAUUAAAAAUCAAGGAGCUGCACACGUCUCAGGUACGGCUGUGAAGGAAGGCGAUGGAGAUCUGGGGCGGGGAUCUGCAGAUUCCGUUUUUAUGAAAUACCUGAAGCCUUAGAUAUUAGAUUUGGUUCGGAUGAAGUGCUACGCUCUUGUAUUCUUUCUUUCUUUCUUUCUUUUUUUCUCCACACUUCUAUCUAGCAAGUGUUCACGGAUAACUGAUGUCACAAAAAGUUGUGGGUUUUGUUCACGUGUUUUUCAUUUCUGCCCUCCAUUUUCACAGUUAUUCGUUAAACAGGCGGAUUUUUAAACAAAUGUAUAACUGGGGCCAACAGACUCUGAUUGUACAUUAUUCUGUGUUGUCACAUGCAUACUUAUUUAUUCAUAAUUACUCCAGGUAUAUUUCGUACUCUGUUUUGUAGAUUUAGUUCAAUGAAAUAUUUAUUGUAAUGACUCAAAGGUUAUGUUUAUAAAGUUAUAUCUUUGUGUAAACCUA